GGGCCUUUUCUUAAAGGGCCAGUAACAGAAACGACUCAAGUUUUUCUACUCCGGCUUUUGCUGUAAGGUUUGGCGCUACUGCUCCGUUCGUGUGAACCCGAGGACUGAAGGGCCCCGCUGCCCUGCAGCAUGGGGAGAAGGGAAUGCCCGUGUACUCCAGGCCUGCUCACUCCUGAGCCCAAUGAUUUAUCAAUAAGGAAGUUAGUUUCAGCAAAAUAUCUGGUGGAGUUCCUGGAGCCAUGGCUAGCGCUGACAUCAAACCAAAAUCUAUAAGUCGUGCCAAAAAAUGGUCAGAUGAGAUAGAGAAUCUAUACAGAUUUCAGCAAGCUGGAUACAGGGAUGAAAUUGAAUAUAAACAAGUGAAGCAAGUUGAUAUGGUGGAUCGUUGGCCAGAAACAGGAUUUGUGAAGAAACUUCAGAGAAGGGACAAUACUUUCUAUUAUUACAACAAGCAAAGAGAAUGUGAAGACAAAGAAGUCCAUAAAGUGAAAGUUUAUGUGUAUUAAUUUUGUUAAUCCUAACUACACUGUUUUGUUUUUGUUUGUUGUAAGUAUGUUGCUUUAAUCUAUUUGAUGUUUAUAAAAUGUAAGGAAUUAAACAAGGUUUCUGAACUAAUUUGUCCUAGUUUUAAAUAGAGCUGAACAUUUUUUGAGGGAGGAGUAAUAAUGUAUGUUCAGCACUAGAUUUUCACAGAGCUUUUGAUGAGGUUGAGGUCCAAAGUGCUAAUUAUUAUUUAGUGCAUUACAUCUUUAAUGUACUUUACUGACAGUAGCUAACUAAUUCUAACCACAAUCUUGGGAGAUAGGUAAAUGUUGUUGUUAUCAUCAGUUUACAGAUGGGAAAAAGGAGGCAAACAGUUAAGUGACAUCCACAGUAUCAUGAGGGAGUCGAUGUCAGACCCAGGAUUACUAUUUGUUAAAGGAAAUCGAAUGACCUGGGAGUAGGGGCCAAAACCAUGCUAUCGAUUAAAAACUAGUUAAGUGAUGGGAAACGGUCAUAAUAAAUAUCUUUCUCUCUUAGCAAAGGGGAGUAAAUAGUGAAGUAUCCCACGGCUCUGUGGGGGUUUUUUUUAUAUAAGUAUUAAUGAUUUAAAGGACAAAGUAUUUAGUGAAUUGGUAAAAUUAGCCAAUGAUACAGGAUGUUGGACAGCAAAAACUAAAGAGGAUUAUGAGGAGUUAAACACAUGGUGGGAUGAAGGGAAUAUUGGGCAGCAAGGUGUCAAGUGAAAUCUAAUAUCUUUCUGGAAGUACAUCAGUUAUAAUUCUGGUUUUAGUGAUAGAAAGAGAUGGGAUUAUAUUGGUAGCAGCUAAAGAGUAAAUGGAUUAAUAUUUUUCCAGACCU